UGAGUAACGUGAUGCUGGUUACAAAACAAGAAAUACACGCCGUCGCGGACGGUCAUCGGGAGUGCCGUGCGGUAGUAGUCAAAGUUUAAUCUGCCAACCAUCAAUCAUUUUUUAACAAAAGGAAAAUGCUUCGGCAUGUAUGUAAGCCCACUUAUGUAGUGAAGUAAAGAGAAUUUAGUUUCGGGACUCGCCCCCUUCUGAGACCUGCUAAUGCAAGACGAGCCUGAGUCAGAGGGCUCAGCACAGGGCUGGUGGCCAUCUUGGAGGCCCACGUCCAUGUCUCUCCUGAAGAACACAGAAGCUAAGAUUCUGGCCUGUAUUCAGAAUGACCUGUGGGCUCGCUUUGUCACCCUCCCCACUCAGGACAGGAUAUGGACCCUCACUGUGACCAACAAGCACCUCCGCAAAGCCCCUGAGAAGGUACCCCAGACCCCGCUGGUGAUGGUGCACGGGUUCGGGGGCGGGGUUGGGCUGUGGAUUCGGAACCUGGACCCCCUGUGCCGGUCCCGCCCCCUGCUGACCUUCGACCUGCUGGGUUUCGGGCGCAGUUCCCGCCCCCUCUUCCCGUCCGACCCCGCCCAGGCCGAGGAGCGCUUCCUGGACUCCAUAGAGCAAUGGCGCCAGGCCAUGGGCCUGGAGCGCAUGAUCCUAUUGGGCCACAGCCUGGGCGGUUACCUAGCGACGUCCUACACCAUUCAGUACCCCGAGAGGGUCAGCCACCUCAUCCUGGUGGACCCCUGGGGUUUCCCCGAGCGACCCCAGCCCUCGGAGGAGGGGUCAGGAGGUCAGGGGUCGGAGGUGAAGAGGCCGGCUCCUCCUCGCUGGGUGAAGGCCGUGGCCUCCGUCGCCUCCAUGUUCAACCCCCUGGCGGUGAUCCGAGCCGCCGGGCCCUGGGGUCCCGGUUUAGUGAACAGAUUCCGCCCAGACUUUAAGAGGAAGUUUGAAGACCUCUUUGAUGAUGACACCAUGACACAGUACAUUUACCACUGUAAUGCCCAGAGCCCCAGCGGAGAGGUGGGGUUCCGGGCGAUGUCGGAGUCUCUGGGCUGGGCGAAGAGGCCGAUGCUGGGGAGGGUGCACCUGCUGCCCCCCUCCCUGCCGGUGACCCUGCUGUACGGGGCGCGGUCCUGGGUCGACAGCUCCACCGGGAAAAGGGUGGAGCAGCUCCGCCCCCUGGGCACCACCCGUGUCCUGAUUGUGGAAGAUGCGUCUCACCAUGUCUACGCUGAUCAGCCAGAAGAGUUCAACAGAAUGGUGCAGAAAAUAUGUGACAGUGUGGACUAAGUGUGUGCGUGUGUGUGUGUGUGUGUGUGUGUGCGUGAGAGUGAGAGGGUGUGUGUGUGUGUGUGUGUGUGUGUGUGUGUGUGUGUGUUUGUCAGCCUGCGACGCACAGCUACUGUAUCAGAGUAGACAGAGUUGGUUUAGAGAUUUUUUUUCUGAAGUUACAGUAAAGCACCAUAUCACAGUCUCCCAUAGGGGGCAGCACUGUCCACUGUUAGCAGAACGCAACGCAGUCAGAGCUUUCUGCUGAAAAUGAAACGUCCUCGAGCCUGCAGGCAGACUUUUCUCACAUUUUUAACACAUUUAUCAAUAAAAUACUGCUGAAAUCCAA